AUGAGUUCAAAUACCUUCGUCAUAUGUACGCGAUGUCUAGGUGAUUCAAGAUUUAUAAAAAUGACAAAACAUGAAAAUGGAGAAGAGUGUAAACAGUGUACUAGACCGUUCACAGUAUACAAGUUUAGAAAUCAAUCAAUAUCAUCAAAACCUUUAAAUACAAUAAUAUGUGAAACUUGUGCAAAAGCAAGAGGAAGUUGUCAAAUAUGUCUACUAGAUAUGGAAUAUGGAAUACCAAUAGAAUUAAGAGACACAGCUUUAAAAAUGGCUGGAUUAGAUCCUAUAUCAAUUUUAAAGACCUCAAAGAAUAGAGAAGUAAAAGCUAUUAUGGCUGAUAAAUUGGAAAGAUCAUUUGAAAAAAAAGAUUCUAAUGAUAUGAAAGCUAAAGAAUUGUUAUCAAAAUUAGCAGAAAAAUUCAAAGAACAGAACACCAACAGUACAAAUACAACAAAUACAGAUGUGGAAAAGCAAGCUACAAUUACAUCAAAAUCAUUUAAAAAACUUCCAUUCAACAAUAAUUUAAAAUCAUCAAAAUAUCCAGAUUUAUUAUCAUUCUUUAUAUUUGGAUUUCCAUCCGAUCUUCCACAAUAUGUCCUUUCUAAAUAUUGUUCACAAUUUGGUCAAAUUAAAAGUAUAAAUCUAAAUCAUAGUUGUAGAUGUGGUUAUAUAACAUUUGAAGAUCGUAAUUCUUGUGAAAAAUUUGCAGACUUUGUCAAUGACAAUGGGUUAAAUGAAAAUAAAAACACUGCGGGGUUAAUUAAUAUUGAUAAUAAUUUUCUAAUGAGAGUUUGUUAUGGUAAAGUAAAACCUUUGGGGAAAACUAAUGAAGAACAAAAGCAAUUGAGUUUGUUGGUUGGUAAAGUCAUGAAACAAUUGGCAGAAAAAGAUUUAAAAUUUAAAGAUGGAAAUUGA